AUGGGAGCUUCUACUUCGAAACCAGAAACCAAGGUAUUCACACCAGCAGCACCUGUUGAUUUUAGUGCUUCCUUUUUGUCGCAAUUGGAGAACUCCCCAGAGUCCAACUAUUCCAGAGCACAAUAUACUGAAAAGUACAUUCAAGAAAGAGUAGCUAAGGAAUUGAAUAAGCUAGAGAAGGAUGCUUUGAAGCAAUUACAACAGCAAACAGACGAUGCAUUAUCCAGGACUGAUGAACCUAGCUUAAGCGUUCUAGCAACCGACGAGAAACUUUCAAAAUUGACGGAGAAAAUUCAGAAGAAUGUCGGGGACUCAGAAAUCCACGUCUCAAGAGAAGUGACGAAGGCGAGAGAGAGCGUUAUAAAAUGCUUAACCAGCAACCAGGGCAAGCCAUUGAAUUGCUGGGAAGAAGUUGAACAAUUUAAAAAGCUAGUCAAAGAUAUAUAA